AUGUCGCGCCUGAAGGGAGUGGCGGAGAGGAAUACCCGAGCGGGUUUUAGAGCUGAGAGGAGAGAGGUCGAUGUUUCAGUACCUCAGGGGCUGUUAAAGGCAGCGAGGAAGAGCGGCCAGUUAAACCUGUCGGGUCGGAAUCUCAGUGAAGUACCUCAGUGUGUCUGGAGAAUAAAUGUAGAUAUUCCUGAGGAAGCUAAUCAGAAUCUUUCAUUCAGUACUACUGAGCGAUGGUGGGAGCAGACGGAUUUGACCAAACUAAUCAUAUCCAACAAUAAACUUCAGUCACUUACAGAUGACCUACGACUCCUGCCUGCACUCACUGUUCUUGAUAUACAUGAUAACCAGCUGACAUCCCUUCCUUCUGCUAUAAGAGAGUUAGAAAAUCUUCAGAAACUUAAUGUCAGCCAUAACAAACUGCAAAUACUACCUGAAGAAAUUACAAAGCUAAGAAACCUGAAAGGUCUAUAUCUCCAGCAUAAUGAACUAACUUGCAUACCAGAGGGAUUUGAACAACUUUUCAAUUUAGAAGAUUUGGAUAUUUCCAACAAUCGUCUUAAAACUGUUCCUGCUAGUUUUUCUUCUCUCUCCAGUCUGGUGCGACUUAAUCUUUCCAGCAAUCAACUGAAGAGUUUGCCAGCAGAAAUAAGUGGAAUGAAAAGAUUAAAGCAUUUGGAUUGUAACUCAAAUCUCUUAGAAACUGUACCUCCUGAAUUGGCUAACAUAGAGUCACUAGAAUUGCUUUAUUUGCGGAGGAAUAAAUUACGUUUUCUACCAGAAUUUCCUUCUUGCAGAUUAUUAAAGGAAUUACAUGUAGGUGAAAACCAGAUUGAAAUAUUAGGGCCAGAACAUCUUAAGCAUCUGAAUUCUAUCCUUGUGCUAGACCUGCGGGAUAAUAAGUUAAAAUCUGUUCCAGAUGAGAUUACACUGCUACAGUCUUUGGAGAGACUUGACCUAAGCAACAAUGAUAUUAGUAGUUUACCCUGUUCAUUGGGAAAACUUCAUUUGAAAUUUCUGGCACUAGAAGGAAAUCCUUUGAGAACCAUACGAAGAGAAAUUAUAAAUAAAGGAACCCAAGAAGUCUUAAAAUAUCUGCGAAGCAAGAUUAAAGAUGAUGGACCAAGCCAAAGUGAUUCUGUUAUUGAGACUGCCAUGACACUACCAAGUGAAUCCAGAGUCAAUGUACACGCUAUCGUCACAUUAAAAAUAUUGGACUAUAGUGAUAAACAAACAACUUUAAUUCCUGAUGAAGUAUUUGAUGCAGUGAAAAGCAACAUUAUCACUUCUGUUAACUUCAGUAAGAAUCAGCUAUGUGAAAUUCCUAAAAGAAUUGUGGAACUGAAAGAAAUGGUUUCUGAUGUCAAUCUCAGUUUUAAUAAACUUUCCUUUAUAUCCUUGGAAUUAUGUAUGCUUCAAAAGUUGACUUUUUUAGAUCUCAGGAACAAUUUUUUAAAUUCUUUGCCUGAAGAAAUGGAAUCACUGAUAAGACUACAAACAAUUAAUCUAUCCUUUAACAGGUUCAAAAUACUACCUGAAGUUCUGUAUCACAUCCCCACACUUGAAACAAUUUUGAUUAGUAACAAUCAGGUUGGAUCUGUAGACCCUCAGAAAAUGAAGGCAAUGGAAAAUCUGAUGACAUUGGACCUUCAAAAUAAUGACCUCCUACAAAUUCCACCCGAGCUUGGUAAUUGUGUGACCUUAAGAACACUACUACUAGAUGGAAAUCCAUUCCGUGUUCCUCGAGCAGCCAUAUUAAUGAAAGGAACAGCUGCUAUUCUGGAAUAUUUGAGAGACCGGAUUCCUACUUAAAUUGAGAGUUGGUUUUAUAUCUUGGUUAUGUUAAUUCUUAGAUUUCUUACAUUGAUAAGUAACAUUUUUCUAAGGUAUUGUGCAUUUGUAAUGAUGAUAGCCACAUACAGUGUUCAUGCAUUUAUUCUGAAAGUUUUGCAUAAGGUUUAUCUUACUUUCAUUCCUUAUAAGAUAGGAAACAGUUUCUUCAGAAGUGGAUUUUUAUUUAAGUUAGUUUGAUAUUUUUAUAAUGAUAAAGCAUUUUUGUAGAAGUGGGAUUUUUCCCACCAUUUCUGUUUGUGUUACAUUUAAUGUGACCAGUUGAUUUGAAUAUGAUAAUCUAAUUUCUACCUUUCUGUUAGAUAUAAAAUUGAAUUGAAUUUUAUUUAAAACUGUUCUUUGGCAUUUAAAAAGUAAGGCUUUUCCUUACCCAUGGUAAGACUUCUGUGAUUUGGUUGGUCUUGGCAUAAGUUUUAAAUUAACAGUCACUAUCUUUUUGUUUUAAUCUAGUUGCUUUUGUUUUAAUCUAGUUGAAAUGUUUCUUGUCUAGCCUUUUCCCCACAUUUUAUGAAACCAUUUUGUCAUAAUUUCUAACGUAACAGAAAUGUUACAUGAGAUGUAGUUAUUGGUAGAGAAAACAGUAAAAGUAUUGCUUAAAUUAC